CCUAGCAACCCGUGGAAGCCAGUUCACCUCGGCACGCCUGUCCUCGCAACUCGGCUUUUCUCGUCGCAGUUACUUUUUCAAAGAAAGGGAUCAAGACAAUGCCACAGAUGGAUUACUACAACACUGGGAGCGAUGAAGUCAGAGGAAAUGUUGAUCUUUGACCCAUCUUUGCAAACAGACCUCUGCUCUGCGGGAAUUACGGUGAAUUUUCUCUACUGGAAAACAUAAUUCGUCAACCAAAAGUUGCAGCUCCAUCAACCUUAAGAUCUGACAAUGGAUCGUGAAGAGGUUUGGACGGAGCCAGACCAAAUUUCUAUGCGACUUCAGGAGGGUGGUCUUCCUCCAGAGGCCGGUGCAGAUGAGCGGCAGCGACAUCUGUUUCAAAUGCUGCUCAACAGGGAGGCAAAGCUCCAGUCAGCCACCCAGGAGGUGCACACGUUACGUAAACAGCAGGCCAGUGAGAUGAAGGAGGUGGAAAGCUAUGUUGCACAUAUUCGAGGGCUGUUGGAAGAUCGCGAGUGUCGGACUGCGGAGUGUGAGAGAGACAAUGAAGAGCUGCGACAUGAACUUCACCAGAUCAAACACCAGCAAGAGACUCAGAGCAGGGAGCUUGCUGAGAUGUUGGCUCAGGAAAACCUGGGAGAUGUGGAUUUAAGUGGCCCCAGUGAGCAGGUGGCUUACCUACUGGUGGAAAGGGCCACACUUCUGGAAAGACUUGAGGCUGUUGAGAGGAAUCUGGAAAGCCAGACCAUUGCCGGCAACACGAAUGAAGUCAACCACCAGGAACAUGUGCGCCACACAACGGGAGCAGAACUCAGGCAUCACAAGGAAGACAUGCAGAAGACCAUAGAUGGCAUGACAAAGCAGUGUUCAUCCCAGAGUCCAUGGAAGAAGCUGUUUGGCCUCCGCAGGUCUGGUCAGAGCAAACACAUUAUCACCCCUGCCCUCAUUGAAGAGAUUUCCAGAGAGAGAAACGAGCAGCAGAGACUCGAGCGGGACCUAGAGGAGGCAUCCAGGAGACUGGCAAUGGCUCACCAGGAUAUCCGCAGACUCACCAAUGAGCUGGAUGCUGCCAAAAACAACAGCCAAGAUCCAAAUGGAGCUGAGCUUCACGUGACUCUCCAAGAAGUAGAAAACCUGAAGAAGGAAGUGGAGAAACUGAAACAUUGUGAUAUGAUGAAGCUUCAGGUUGCCAAAGAGCAUAAUGACAUACUGGAUGCUGACAACAGAGCCCUCAGGGAAAAAGUUCACAUUAUAGAGGCUGAGAAUAAAAGUCUGCUGGACCAGUUGACAAAGAAUGAUGCUGCCAAAGAGGAUUUAAAAGACAGAACCAGUGCACCACAAAACAGUUCACCUGCCUCAUCAGCCCAUGAAGAGAAUCAGUGUCAUAGACGGUGUCAAGAGGCGAUUGAGAAUGGAUGGGUGCAGGUGAAAGAGUUACAACGGCAACUCCAAAGGCUACGCGAUGGACAGGAAGAGCUGGAAGAGAGGAAUGAAGAGCUGGAAUCUUUGCUGGGGGAAGCGCAAAAUGCCAGCAAGGAGGAGAGACAUCGCCAUGAAGGAGAACUGGAAGGACUGCACAGGAGGAUCAGAAGCCUGGAGGCCGAGCUGAAGAAGCCGGAUGUCCAAGAAAAAAAUCAGAGGCACGAGGAGGAAGCCAAAACCUCUGACUCCUACCAUCUAAGGGACAGCGCCCAGGAAAGAGCUGCGCUGCUGGAGGCUCGUCUGACUGAGGAGAAGGACUGGAGGAAACAGCUGGGGUUAGACCUCAGUGCUGCUCAAGCUGCCCUCAAAAAAGAUAAAGAGGCUUUGCAGAUAGGUGAGCGAGAGCUGAAGAAGCUGAGACUUGAUGUCAGUGGCCUUCAGAGAGAAUGCCAACAGGGGAAAACGCUUAUCAAGAGCCUCACCCAAGUCAAGGGUGAAAAGACAUUACUUGAGGAAAAGGUUGCUCAGAUGGAGCUUGCACACAGCAGGCUCAAAAGCGAGUUUGAAUGCUACAAGGACGGUAACGAAACCCAGCAGGGCCUGAGGGAGAGGCAGCUUCAGGAGAAGACUGACCAGCUCACUUCUGAACUCAGUAGCUUACAGACUGCAUACAACACCCUGAGCAACGAGAUGGCCUCUGAACGGCUACAGACUACCGAGCUCCAGGCAAGGCUAAGAUCCACUGCUUGGGAGAAGCUAGUGGCCGAAGAGCAAAAGGACGAACUCGAGCUGCAAAUACAGCGCGUCAAUAAGCAGCUCCUGUGGCAUCAACAGCAUCUGUCCACUACAGAAGAAGCACUUAGUUGCAGGCAGAAGCCUGAACCUGACACAGCUCAUAUAGAAAAUAUCCAUAGUCCAGAGGAGAAGACCAAAGAUAGUGACUUGAACCAGCUUUCACCUUUGAAGCAGAAACUGAAUCAUCUACAGACUAACCCUGGAGAUGAGCAGUUGACCUCUCAACAUCAAAUUGCACUUCAAGCUCGGGUCAAUGAAGCCCAGACUCUUAUCAAGUCUCAAGACUCACUACUGAGUCAGAAGGCAGAGGAGGCUAAACAGAUGAAGCAAGACCUACAAAGAGUUCAGAGCCUGUUUACCUCGGCAGAAAGAGAGUUGCGCUAUGAGAAGGAAAAGAACAUGGACCUGAAAAGACACAACACUUUGAUGGAUCAAGAAAAACUUAAGCUGUGUGCAGAGCUGCAGCAGGCCCAGACCAAGCUGGUCCAGGUGGAGCAGAAAGUCCACUCUCAGGCAGCUGAACUUGAAUGUCGGCAGCAGAAAAUCAGAGAUUUGGAGCUGCAGCUGGCACGCAACUCCACAAACCGCAGUGCAACUACUAGCCUGCAGGAAGACCUGCAGACUGAGAGGGAACGGCUCAUUGCUGCUGACAAGAAGGUGUUGGAGCUACAGCAGCAGCUAAAAAAUGCUCAUCACCAGCUGCGUUUGGAAGAAGCUCGGGCCAGCAAUAGCAACCGCCUGGAGAGGGACAGCAGGGACCUGUCUGACAACUUGUCAGCACUGAGAGCCCAGCACCAGGAGGAGCAAAUAACCAGGAAGGUUUUAGAGCAGCGUGAAGAAAAGCUGCAGCAGCAGGUGUGCUCUCUCAGACUAAAGGAGGCCUCCCUGACCAGGACAAACACAGAACUUAGCCACCGUGUCCAGCAGCUGGAUACACGUCUGUCCAUUCUAGAGACUGAGCUUAGUAAAGCAAGAGAAGAGGCAAAAGACAGCCAGAAGUCAAGCCACACGUUGCAGGAGGAGCUACUGGCCAGUCAGCAGGAGUGUGAAAAGCUGCAGUCGGAGCUGCAGCAGGUUUUCCUCCAACUUGAUGCACAUAUCAGGAAAUACAAUGAAAAGCAGAGUCAGCACAAAAGCAAGUUGUUUCGGGCCAAGCAGGUGUUUCUUAAGGAGACUGGACAGAGGGACGCCACCAUCAAACAACUGGAGAAUGAGCUGUCACUGGCCACUAUUUCUUCAUCUAAGGAGAGGGAAAUGAACCAUACAAUAAUGCUGGAAAAUGAGAAGCUGAUGGAGCACAAAAGGGAACUGUUACUGAGGAUAAGUGAGGCGGAGGAGACGGACAGUGAAGGCAAGAGAACUGCCUCAACACUCCAGCACAGGGUCGACAUCUUGGAAAUGGAAAACAAACAACUAGAGGACAGAACGAUAAAGCUCUCCACUCAAGUGAGCUCCCUGGAACGGGCACUUAGGAACGCUUCUUUCGAGUCUUUCUACAGUUUGGAGAAUGUUAAGAAAGUGCUCCUUUCUGGUGGUCUCUCUGAUGGCCUCUUACAUACAUCUGCUUUAAGCCUGACAUCAGGUUCCACUGAGCAUUUGAACAUCCCGGACGCAACCUGCCGCGUGAAGGACAGCCAGCAUCUGCUGUUAGACGACACAAAGGCCACUGUCUCCACGCAGCAGCCUUUGGAGCUGGGAUACCUGAACCUCACUUCCCAGCUGGUUUCUCCCCCCGCCACCAGAGACACGCAGGAGAGCUCGGACAACGGUUGCCAGACAUGAGAGGUGCUGAGGGGUGCAGGUGUGCUCUUUGUGAAGCACAGGACGUAAGAGAUGCAGUUCUAUGUAUUAGGGAGCAGCACAGAAUCUGCAAAUGAUCCGUAUUAAAAUAGUAACAUAUAUUAUUAUAUUAUUAUUUUUCUGCUCAGGGUUUUAUUUGAAAGCAGAUUCUUUUUUUGGUUUGCCAGAACUGGGUUUUGACACCCAAGCUCCUAAAUGAGACUGAAAAUUUGGAACUUUAAAAAAAAAAGUGUGCAAAGUGUCAAUCACAUAGUGUGUGUGUGUGUGUGUGUGCGUGUGUGUGUGUGCGUGUGUGUGUGUGUGUGUGUGUGUGUGUGUGUGUGUGUGUGUGUGUGUGUGUGUGUGUGUGGAAGCUUACCAAUAGCACAAUCUUUUUAUAAUGUAAAUAUACUGUAUGUGUAUAUACUGUAUUUUGUUAAACAAGAAACUAUUUCACACCAGUGCAGAAAGUAUACAAAUUUGUGAGGGAUUUUAGAAUGAUUUUACCUGAGCACUUUAUAAGGUUUUAAUUGUGUUUACUUAAGAGAAACUGUAGCAAUGGAUUGCCAUACUAGUAUAUCGGAGCGUUUUGCCUCACGCUUUCCAUAGUGUAGCUAUAUAGACUUUUUCUGGUUUACAAACUUUAAACUGAUACGACGUUGAUAAUAAUGAUGUUUGUCUGAUAACAGACUCUGCGAUACCCUGAUGUUACUGUAAGUCUACGUACGUCUUCAUUCUGAGAUAGGUCACUCACAUAUCUUGCUAGUAGCAGCCAUGCCAGUAUUUAAGAUGUGGGAAAUCCAAAAUGUCAGGAAAAGACACAGGCUUCUUAAACUUGCCUUCUUUUUUGUCUCUUUUUGUUUUUAAAUAUACUGGUCAAUGUCAAACGCCUCUUCCAGUGCCACUCAGAAAGCACUUGUACUGUUACCAGAAAGCCACGAGUGCUUUGCACACGUCAUUAAAUACGUAGUAUGGUGCAGAUAUGGUGAAAAUAUAUUAUAUUUUAGCUAUUAACUGAACAAAGUUAGGGUUAUGUUAUGAAUAUGGCCCUAAAGUGACUAUAUAAGCUUUUGUUUGAGGAUAUUCACAUUUAAAUGAGAGUUGAAAGCUUACAUCUCUUGUAGAGAUGGACUUGGAACAAAAACAUACUGCAGAAACAACUCAAUGCGGUUGUGUGGUAGUUAGCUAAAGUUCACCUGGUCAGCCUUUUAUACAGAACUGAACAAAUGAAAUAGUACACAUUUUCAGCAACAGUUUCAGCAACAUCUUAUAUUCAUAUGUUUCCAAACUUCCAUCAGCCAGCUAUCUCUACAGAACUCCAAAGAAACAAGACAAUCCUUCUCUCACUUUUUGCAGCAGCCGGAGCUUCUGAUAGGAUGUUGUUGUGGCUUCUUCUUUUUUUACUGUAUUUUUGAACUUCCAGUUCUUUUGUAACUGGCUUAUCUGUCAGGAUAGUAAUCAUCUUCUGUCCUCCUGACACGACCAUCAGCUUAUUUCUACCAGGAGAGGUCCAUCCAUUCUCUAAGGCUGGGCCUCUUCAGGGGAGAGGAAAGCUCUCCUGCUUUUAGCUAAAACCCCACUUGGUCCAGUAAUGCUUUACCAGUGUCAGGCUGCUGUUACACGGCAUUAGCAGGAUUUAAUUCAAUUCAAUUCAAUGCAAUGCAAUUCAUAUAGUCUAUAACAACACAAGUUGUCUCUAGGUGCUUUCCAGAGACCCAGAACAUGACCCCCGAGCAUUAUUACAUAAUCAUAACAUAAACAAUGGCAAGAAAAAGUCCCCUGUAGGAGGGAAGAAACCUUGAGCAGGACCUGACUCAUAAGGGGGGAUCCUCCAGCCAAAGGUCGGCUGGGUGGGGAGAGCAGUAAAACGGAGAUCAGACAGAGGAUGAAGAACAGAGAGAGGACAGACACAUUGGUACGUUAGUGCACUACAGAGACGACUAUAUAAACAGAUGUAGACAGCAGACACUGAGGUGGUCAGGGUGGGACUGCAGGGCAGCUCCUGAAGCUCUGGCCUGCAACAGGUACAGAAGAGAAAAGGACGGGGCAGACAUGAUGCAACCUGUAGGUCCCAUCAUGAUGAAACAGUCUAAGAUGGACCCUAAGAAUGAUAAAAUAUAGAAGGAAGCUGUUUUCUGUGGCUGAUGCAGCAUGGGACCCUUGCCCUGUAAAGGACAUAGUGUAAACCCAGUUUGUUCAAAGCCCUAUCUAGCAGGGACUUUGACUGGAUUCUGGACUGCAAUCAUGCCUUUCUGAUCCAUGUUCCAAAUGUUACCAGGAAUUAACUGUUUCUAAGUGGAAAAUGGGGGGACCACCUCUUCAAGUGGGCAGUAAACCACUCAAGUCCAGCUUGAUGAAAUUUUGAGAACUCAGCAAGUUAAGAAGUGAACUUUUUAUCCUACGUGGGUGCGGGCCAGAAUAAAUGUCGGCGGACUUGAUGAGAUAAGCAACCAAUUAUGUUUCCGGCUCGGGACAUAACAUUUACCUGUUUCAUUUGUAACCAACGUGUACACCUGGGUCCUAACUACACACGAUUUCAGUACCCCUUAUUAGCCUGGAGCAUGUCAACCCAUGCCUGUGCCUGGUGCCAUCCAUGCUUGAAUGUCUCUAAAUAUUAAAUAUAAACCUACAUAUGGUCAGGCUGAUAGCUCAAACUGCAUCCAAGCUGUUAAUAAUAGGUUUGAAUAUGUUUGAAUUGAAAUUCUCAAGAUCUUUCUCUAAUGCAUAUGUAAAUACCCUCAAAUUAAAAGUUCACUUUAAACCCAAAUUCAUGAUAUAACUGGAACUCCAAUAACUUUUGAUACACAGUUUAGUAUAUUUCCAUAUCUAACUUUAAACCACUAUUGCUAUUUUUUGUACUAGUAAUACUUAUAAGUCUUCAGUGUGCCUGAAAUGAGGAAAUCUUGCUGCUUCAUUAAUAUUUGUUAUAAUACAAACCUAUUUGAAAGACUUGGAUUUAUAUUGGAUUUGUAUUCCAACUU